CGCUCGUAGCGUCCGAGAGAAGCCGCGAUCGCGCGUGCAUUGAGAAAGUCUGCGUGUAUGUGUUGCGAUACCAAGGCCGUGCUCUCGUGCGCUCAGUAUUGUUGGAGCGACAGGAACGCCAGUAGUAUAUUGCCGCUACCAUGAUAACUCAUAAGUUACGUUUUUAAUAAAGCUCUCGAGCGACGCUUUGGCUUGCGCAUCAUCCAUGCCACUGCAAUACGCUUCGGCGCUCCGACUUUGAUUCCGUGGUUACUCUCGAGCCGAAGGAUGCUGCCAACGUGGAUCGGCUGCCGCGGCACGCUGCAGCAGCGAUGGGUGUUCGCCGUAAUGGGCUUCUUCGGUCUCUUCAAUGCAUAUGCAUUGCGCAUUUGCUUAUCAAUCGCCAUCACGGAGAUGGUCGUACCCUUGAAUAUUACCGAAGAACUCAUCGACGACACGUGCUCGAAUCUCGUUGUUCAGCCGGCCAACGUGAGCACUCCGAUCGCUAGCAACGGCGCAACUUAUAAGUGGAGCGAAUAUACUCAGGGUAUAAUUCUUUCGUCGUUCUAUUGGGGCUACGUGAUCACUCACCUACCAGGCGGACUAUUAGCCGAAAAGUUCGGAGGGAAGCACACCUUGGGACUGGGAAUAUUGUUGACGGCAAUAUUCACUGGCAUGGUACCAAUUGCGGUCCAAUGGGCCGACUCCACGGCACUGAUCAUUCUACGAGUGCUCAUGGGCUUCAGCGGAGGUGUUAUAUUUCCUGCACUGAACGUGAUGAUGGCGCACUGGGUGCCGCCGCAAGAGCUCUCACUGAUCACCGCAGUGAUCUUCAUCGGUGUAGAUUUCGGCGUAAUUGGCGCUACCACGAUAUCCGGACUUAUUCUACGCUACUCAUCGGUCGGCUGGCCUGGGGUAUUCUAUUUCUUCGGUGGCAUCGGCAUAUUGUGGUUCGUACUGUGGGCACUGCUGUGCUACAAUGAUCCAGACGAGCAUCCAUUCAUCUCCGACAAAGAGAAGACGUAUCUGCGGGAGUCCCUGCACGAGCUCACCCACAAGGAUUCGCCAGCCGUGCCUUGGUUGCACAUAUUCAGAUCGCGGUGUUUCUGGGCGCUGCUCGCCGUGCAGAUUGGCCACGAUUGGGGCCUCUACACGCUCGUCACGGACUUGCCAAAGUACAUGAGUAGCGUACUCAGAUUUUCCGUCGAGUACAAUGGCUACCUGUCCUCGCUACCCAAUCUGUGCUCGGUCUUUUAUUGUCUUUUCAUAUCGUGGAUCACCGACAAAAUGAUCACGCUCGACUACGUGUCGAGGACCAACGCGCGAAAGAUCAACACCACAAUCUCCACGAUCAUUCCGGGACUGCUCAUCAUCGGCGCUUCUUACGCAGGCUGCGACCGCGUCGCUGUGGUUAUCAUGUUCACGCUGGGCGUCACCUUCAUGGGCAGCAGUUUGCCCGGCAUCAAAGUUAACUCGCUGGAUUUGAGUCCGAACUACGCGGGCACCGUCAUGGCACUCACCAAUGGAAUAGCCAGCUUUACCGGCAUUAUGACGCCCUAUCUCGUGGGCGUUUUAACGCCCAAUCAAACUCUCAGCGAGUGGCGCCUCGUCUUCUGGAUCGUCUUUCUCGUUUUCUUCGUCACGAAUACUAUUUUCGUAUCGUUCGCCAGCGGAGACGUCCAGGAUUGGAAUGAUCCCAAGUUCUUGAAAGACGAGUACGAUAAGAAGAUGAACACGAAACUUUGAUAUUUCUUUAUUUUUUUCUCCAAUCAUAGUAAUCCCAUAGCUUUUCCCAAAUCACUAGACAACGUCGUGUAGCGGAGCAACGAGCAACGAGUGCCAUACGCAAUGACGAAUGGCCGAGAGCAUUUUCUGUAUCACGAUAUUGUAUUGUUACGAUCUCGCACUUAUGCGUAGACAGUAGUCAGCAUUGUCUUUUUAUUUAGUGAAUAGUGCGAGGAUCAAGUUUCUUUCUGUUUUUGCGAAUGGAUCCCUUCACUUACAGAUAAAACAUUGUUGGAAACUACGUUAUGCGCAUUAGUAAUUUUUAUAUUUCAGAUUUUACAUCAUCGUCGCUUCAAUCGCAUUGUUUGACCAUAUAAAAAUUAUCACGUGCCUUCUAUAAUGGUCUUCAAUCUCGACAUUACUAAGCAAUUAGAAAUCAGAGAAAGUUAAAUGCACACAUCGGAAUUUGAUUGACUGACAGUUGAUGUCGCAUGCCUCAUUGUGUUCGUUUCUUUUCUAAACGUUCCUUAAUUCUCAUGGCAUGCAAUUGAACGCGAUUGUUUGUUUGUUUUUUUUUUUUUUUUUUUUUCAUUUCAACAGAUGAAGAGUGAAAUGCGAACUACAAAACGACGAAUUGUGCGAUAAGUUUACGCAAUUUAUAAAUACAAGGCCUCAUUUCACACAUUAACUCACUUGUUAUUGUUGUAUUGUGUACUAAAUUACGAAAAUAAAAUAGCGUA